ACUCUAAUCAGACAAGUAGGUGUCCGUUUCUAUCUGUCUUCAACUCUCAAGCCUGCAGUCACCACCUGGGGUCUGCACUUUACUUUGAGAACUCUAGACGAAAGCAGAGACAGACUUUGAGAAGUCAAGGAAAAACAUACUUUCACAUGUCAAGUAGGUCGAUUCAACUAUGCCAUAGCCUAAUUGAGGAGAAAAAAGAAGAACUAGAUUUCUCCAGAGUAAUGGCGUACUGCGUGGUAGACUCUGUGAUCCAGACUUUGGCGCCACUCAUAAUCAACGAAGCGAAGCUUUUGAGCAAUGUCCGCCGAGAUGUUGCCAGCAUCAAAGCUGAAUUGGAGAGCAUAAAGUCUUUCCUAAAAGACGCCGAUCUUAGGGCAGAAAUCGGAGAUGAAAUCGCCAUGGUUUGGGUGAAGCAGGUCCGGGAAGUGGCGUAUCGAAUUGAGGAUGUGAUCGAUGAAUACCUACUUGAUCGAGGAAGAAGGCGUCGUUUCGGCAGUUUAUUCUGUAGAGUAAACAUAGCCUCUCAGAUUCAAGACAUCAAACAGACUAUUGGUGAGAUCAAGGAGAGGGCUGACAGGUAUGGAUUCAGUGUGAUGCAGGGAUCAGGGAGCAAGAGAAUUGAACGGCCGUGGCAUGAUCCUCGAGUGGCUUCCCUCUUCGUUGAGGAAGAUGAACUCGUGGGAAUUGAAUCCAGCAGAGAUGCAUUGACCGGGCAAUUGAUAUCCAAAGAGUCGAAGAGAGUGGUGAUUUCGGUGGUGGGGAUGCCUGGAGUGGGCAAGACCACCCUUGCUAGCAAGGUCUAUGGAAAGCAAACCGUGGCUGGACACUUUGAUUGCUGCGCUUGGGUCCCUGUCUCUAGAUCAUACAAGUGGGAGGAGAUACUCGGAACAAUGCUGAAACAGUUUUACCAAUCCGAAUUAAGGGAGUCUACUACACCUCCAGAAAUUGAUGUUAUGGGCCAGAAUUCACUCCUUCACAAGCUGAGGGAAUUUCUAACUCAGAACAGGUAUCUAAUUGUCUUUGAUGAUGUAUGGACAACAAGCUUUUGGGAAUUCAUCAACCAUGCUUUGCCCAGAAAUGGGAAAGGCGGUAGGGUAAUCAUCACCACCCGCAGUGAGGAGGUUGCGGUUUUCUGCAAAGAAUCGCCAUGGGAUCAUAUCCACUGGCUUCAGCCCCUGCCCGAAGAGAAGGCUUGGGACCUCUUCUGCAUGAAGGCCUUUCAAAGGGACUUCGAAGGCCGCUGUCCCCCUGAAUUGAAGGACAUAUCUCUUCGAAUAGUUCAAAAAUGUGAAGGAUUGCCACUUGCUAUUGUGGCAAUAAGUGGUAUUCUGUCCAUCAAAACAAAGGUUGCAUCAGAAUGGAAGAGGUUCUACGAUAGCCUAGGCUCUGAGUUACAAAUGAAACCUGCCCUUACAAGCAUCUCAAAAAUUGUGUUGCUUAGUUACCAUGAUUUGCCCUACUACCUCAAAUCCUGUUUCUUGUACUUUGGCAUAAUACCUGAGGAUUACUCUAUUAAUUGUGGAAGAUUGAUCCGAUUGUGGAUAGCAGAGGGCUUCAUUGAAGAACACAGAGGCAAAACUUUAGAAGAAGUUGCAGAAGAGUACCUGACCGAGCUCAUCCAUAGAAGCUUGGUUCAAGUGUCAAGUAAGAAACCUGGUGGGAGAGUUAAAACCUGCAGGGUGCAUGAUGUGGUGCGAGAGAUCAUCGUGACAAAGUCUAUGGAGUUGAACUUUUGUCAUGUUUUAGGAGCAGAGAAUUUGAGUUUUGAUGAUAUUACUAGAAGAUUGUCAAUACAUAUGGAUUGCAAUUUGGACAACAUUUUUGAAAGGGAUAAGUUAUCUUGGAUUCGUUCAAUUUUUCUUUUUCGAGUGGUUAAGUUGCCAGAGAAACGCCUGAUGAGUAUACUGGCAAGAAAUUUUAAGCUUCUAAAAACGCUAGAUCUUAGUGAUUCACCUUUGAUUCAGAUUCAUAAAGAAGUGGGAAAUUUAUUUCACUUGAAGUACCUGAGUGUAAGGCAUACAAAGGUGACAGUGAUUCCCAAGUCAAUCGGCAAGCUGCACAACCUGCUGACUCUGGAUUUAAAAUAUUGUCUUGUAAGUAAGCUACCUUCCCAGAUCAACAGGCUCCACAAGUUGAGGCAUCUUUUGGCAUUUAACUUUGACACUAGGAAUUUAAGUUUAGAUUCCAUAAAAGGGGUAAAGAUGCGAGGAGGGAUUGGUUGUUUAAAGGAGUUGCAGAAGCUAUCGCUUGUGGGGGCAAAUCAUGAUGCAGUCAGCCUAUUUAAAGAGCUUCAGAAUUUGCAAAAGCUGAGGAAGUUGGGCAUCUACAAAUUGAGAACAGAAAAUUGCAGGGAUCUUUUUAACAGCAUUCAGAAUAUGAAACACCUUAAAUUUUUUGCGGUAUGCGCUAUAAGUGAACAUGAGAUUCUGGAUUUAGAUUCAGUUUCUGUGCCACCUAAAUCUCUUGAGCGACUCGCCUUGAAUGGACGUUUGAAAAAGCUUCCAUGCUGGAUUGCUCAACUUCAAACUUUACAAGAGCUAAGACUGCGUUGGUCAGGUUUGGUUGAUGAUCCAUUACAAGGGCUUCAAGCUUUGCCAAACCUACUAAUGCUGACUCUCACUGACGUGUGUUAUGGAGAUCAAUUGUCUUUUAAGGUUGGAUGGUUUCCAAAACUUAAGAGCCUAACUCUUAGUUCUGAGACGGGAUUGCAUUCAGUGAUAAUAGAGGAAGGGGCAUUGACUCUUCUUGAAGAACUAAUAUUUGGGCCAUGUCCGCAAUUGGAAGAGGUUCCUUUAGGGAUCCGUCACCUUAGGAAACUCACAACUUUGUUCUUUUUCCAUAUACCUGCAAAGCUCAUAAAUAGAAUGCUACCAAAGAAAGGCCAAGAUCAUUGGAUUGUGGAGCAUAUACCAACUGUUAAGUUUGGUUUCAAGCGUCAAGCAUUGAAAUACAAACUCUGUGCUCCUAGAGAUUUCCAAAAUUAUGAAAGUGACCUAAAAUUUAAGGGUCAAUGAAGCUCAAAAUGGAUUUCUUCAUGACAACCAUCUCGUCUUCUGUUUGCAACUUUGACUUACAUCGAGACCACAAUUUUACUAAAUUUGAGAGGUUGGCCUACUUUAACUUACACUGAUAACCAUCUUUUGUUUUUUCAUAUGCCUACAAAGUUAUGCAAAGUCGAAAUGAGAAGUUGGCUUACUUUGACUUACAUUGAGACCACAAUUUUACUAAAUUUGAGAGUUUGAAUUAUAUCAGCUACAUGAGAGAGAGAGAGAGAGAGAGAGAGAGAGAGAGAGGGUUUCAUGGGUCACCCCAGUUCAGAUUCAUGCCAGACAUAAAUGGGGUCUGAUUUGCUCCCACUUUUUGGACGUAGAAUCAAACUGAUCAAGGGAUGGAAGAAAACCCAACAAAACCCAGUUCAUUAAUUCUGGUUAGUUAAAUUUGCUUCUAGUUCAUAUUUGAACUUACGAGUGCAAUUAGUUGGCACGAAUUCACAUGGAUUAAGUAAAUUUGGCAUUUGGUCUUCUAAACAUCAAAGAUUGAAACUGUUUCCAAGUAAACCUCAAGGGUGCAUUGUGAAGAAAAUCUAAUGAACCCACAAAAGUCUAGACUUGCCAAAAGAACCAAAAAGGAAUCCUUCAAACAAUGUCCGCUUGCCCUUUAAUCUAAUUCAAGACGACAAUGAAGUUUCAAACAGUGGUACUAGAAUUCACACUUCUGCGUCCAUGAAUCAAACAGUUGGGGGGCAAUUAGGCAACCCAGCAACGAAUUCUCUACAGAAAACACAAAACCCAGGAAUCUAAAGAAGGAGAAGUUGUUUUACCUACCCAAAAUGCUGAAAACAAAGGAAGAGGAAGCCGUGCCCCUGAGUGAAAGAGCCUCCACCACCAAAUAGUGUUUCUUCGCACAAAUUCUCCCAUUCUGUACAUGUGAUAGGAACGAUUUUUAGGUACAAGUAUUUGUAACAAAGGUCACACUCAAAUGGAGGAGCAUUUGAAGAUAGUUUUGAAGUCAUUUCUCAAACAGAGACUUGCUCUAAUCAUUAUAUGGAAGUGAGCUCCAUACUGAAAACCCAUAAGCCAUGAAACUAAAUGCCUCGAAAGUUACUGCUAUAUAACUAAA